CGGUCUUGAGUCACGGGGUGUUCAGUCGUUUUGCCCUGCCUCGAGUCGGUCGCUGAAUGUGAGCUUGCCUGCCAGCGUUAACAGCGCGUCUAUCUGGAUCUUCUACAUUCAACCUACAACAAUUAUUGUUAAUUGCUGAAACCUUUUCUCUCUUUACGAAAACAUAUUCUCAGCAUGGGCGACAAGAAAAGCCCGUCCAGGCCAAAAAGACAAGCCAAACCAACGGCAGACGACGGCUUUUGGGACUGUAGCGUCUGCACCUUCAAGAACAGCGCCGAAGCUUUCAAAUGCAGCAUCUGCGACGUGAGGAAGGGCACAUCUACAAGGAAACCGCGGAUAAACUCGCAGCUGGUGGCGCAGCAGGUGGCCCAGCAGUACGCCACGCCGCCGCCACCCAAGAAGGAGAAGCGCGAGAAGCCUGACCGGCCGGAGAAGGAGCCGGCCGAUGGCGAGCGUGAGCGGCCUGAGGGCGAACCGGCCGAAGGCGACCGUGACCAGCCUGACGGCGAGCGCGAGCGUGAGCGGGCAGAGAGCCGGCAGCCCGACGCUGAGCCCCUGGACAAGGGUGACAAGGGUGACAAGGGUGACAAGGAGCUUGUGCACAAGGAGAAGAAGGACCGUGAGAAGGGCCGCGAGAAGGACAUCACCCUGGCUAUCACCAAGAAGCCCAACAGCAAAAAAAACAGACCAAAGGCAGACAGUCGCCAGAGUCCACCGUGUGAUCGGAGCAGCAUACAGUCCGCAAAGUCCAUGACCAAGACCAACAGCUCCCACAAUUCAAGGCCCAAGCUGAAGAACAUUGACCGCAGCACGGCCCAACAGCUGGCCAUCACGGUGGGCAACGUAACGGUGAUCAUCACAGACUUUAAGGAGAAGACGCGCUCGUGCUCAACCUCCUCCUCCACGGUCACCUCCAGCGCGGGCUCCGAGCAGCAGCACCAGAGCUCCGGCUCCGAGAGCAUGGACAAGGGCUCGUCGCGCGCCUCCACCCCCAAAGGAGAGCUCUCAGUGGGGCACGACGAGUCGUUCUGAGCCCAUCCCUUUCUCGGCCCCCAGAAGUUGGUCACCCUCCCCAGUCCCACCCCCCUCCCCAAUUUCCUGUGUGACCAACAUCCUCCUGGACCGCUAUGAAGAGACUGAGGAUUUUUCUCCAAGCCCCCACCUCCCCUCGCCAAGCUUACCCAAGAUGGAGAAACGACCCCCCCACCCCUGUCCUCCCACUCCCCUAACACCCAUCAUGUUAUGAUUCACUUUAUAUUCCCUCGACUUCUGCAAACUGAGAGUUUGGUUUGUCGUCGGGUUCCCUGAGCGAAGCUACGAGCAGAAUCUGUGGAGAUCGGCCAGGAGGAGUUCAGCCAUGGAGGCAGAGGUGUGAGACCCCCCUCCCCCACACACACAUAUUUUCUCACACACUCUCCACUCCACAGUGGUAGAUGGGACAGUGGGAGCUGUGGGUUACCGGCGAGCCUGAAGGUAUCUUUCAAGAAAACCUGUAUGUAUUGUUUUAUAUAUUGUAAGUGGAUGUUUGGCUCAGAGUCUUACAUUUUGUUUGUUUGUUUGUUUGUUUGUUCGUUCCUUUUUUUUGUACAAAAUUGUAUCUGCUGUGCACAACAACCACCGGUGUUUUAACAACUAUGACUGCUCCCCAGUUAUAACCCUAUUUAUUAUCUGUCGACACUUUCCCGUGUUCCUCUCCCUACCCCAUUUGCUUUAAACUGUGCUCUGUAGUGCAGCUGGCUAGCUGUGUCCCCCUUGUGUCUUCUGGGGAAAAGGAAAAAAAAAACCUCCCCCUGUUCCCCAUGGACACUGGUGCUAGAUAACACUGUGAAACAGUUUCAGACCCGGGACUGCCAUUCACACCUGAUAAUGGGAGUUUAGCAGAAAAGAAAAAAAACAGACCCGAGAUGUCAUUUUCCAUGGGCACCCAGUUUCUCCAGCCUUCUCCACUUUAUUCCCCUGAUGUGUUUUUCAGUCAGAAGCUGUCGGCAUUGUUGUGGGAACUGAUUGAGCUGGCGAAGUCCAAGCUGGUGGUGAGGUACAUGCCGGAUCUGUGGAUGUACAUCAACUUGUGCUUGCUGAGUGGAAGCUUGUAGAGCGUAUUUGCCAAACCAUCCCAUGUUACCUCCAUGGCCUUUAUUGUUUUUGUUUUAAAAGUAGGCUGUAGCGUCAUGGCAGAGACCCCCAAGGAAAAAAAAAACACUAAAGUUGACUUGAGACUUGCACAUCAGCUGCCACGUGUGUCUGCUUGUCUCACCUAGCCGGAGUGACUGAAAAUGUUACGUGCAGUUCCCAGUUCAACAAGCUUUACACGAGAGGCAGACGUAUCUCCUAUUUGCGCUGAGGGACAUCGGAAAGGCCCGUCAGAUUUGAAGAUUCUGAUGAGGCCGUUAGUCCUCUGUGUCGUCAAGUUUAGUGCAAAGGUUUCCUUUUUGCACUCUCUGCGAGACUAGUUGCAGUUUUAGUCGGAAAUGAAGAAUUUUAGUUCGUUUUAAUUGAAUUCAAGACAUUGAAGAUGUCCACUGAAAGCAACUUAUCUCUACGGCAAGUAGUUUCACUGUAAAUAAACAGUUAAUCAUGGUUUUUUUCUUUUCUUACGUCACAGUAUCUUGAACUGAGAGAUGUUUAUACAGUUCAUGUCUCAUGAAGGGUUUUGUAUUUCAUCACCUGACUACGGUUGCGAAAUGGGCGUAGUCAGGCUAACCAAACGAAUCCAGCGCAAGAGACGAAAUAAGCAGACUCCCUUUCAACUUGUAUGAAACCUGUACAAAGUAUAAAUGUGUAUAUGAUAUCUGAGUUUUAUUUAUUGAAGGACCAAAGGAAUUUGAUAAUGAUAUGACUCGUUAGGCAAAUAACAAUUUGAAAAGGAAAAAAAAAGCGUACUUAUCAAAUGUGUGAUAUUAAAUACGAUUUAAAUAAAGACAUUAAUAUAAUCCAUUUAAAAAUGUGUAAUGCUUGUCCAGUUUAUGUUGAGGAUUAUGUGUUUUAAAAAAAACCUGGUUUAAAAAUGAACACACAAAAGACAACAAAAAGGAUCAGCUUCAACAAAGGUCAUCGCUGUACAGUAAGCAGCUGUGUCAUCACGGCUUCCUGCGCUGGCUAUGCUUUGCUCUGUUCUCCCUGACUCUGUGUUUGAGGACGUUCAGUGGUGCUAGAGACCCAGUCAGAUGGCGGUGCACUGGGCAGAUUCUGAGCCCCUUUGACCCCCCCCCCACCCCCACCCCAGUGUCUUGCUUUUGUACAAUACGCAAUGAAACUUAGGCAGAGGCCCCCUCAGAUUGAGAUGUGCAACCUCCGACCUUAGAGGAAAAGACACCAAGGGGCCCAGUUCAGUGAGUCGUAGGGCUUGCUUGCGUUGUCGUCGCCCCCCCCCCUGCUUUGUUUUGGUCACAUAAUUCAGAAAGCAAUCGGGCUGGAGAGAUGUUAUGGCUGUUGUGACGGUAGAGAAGACGAAAGCCAUCACCCUGAGUGAGUUGAACUAAUCGAGGGAUCCACAGCUUUUGCUUCUGUUGAGUGAUCGUGUUUUGGGCGUCAGGGGUGGAGCUAGGGAAGACCAAGUCGAGGGACUGUGAGAUUUGGGCUUUUUAUUUUAUUUUAU